AUGGCGCUUCGACGACCACACAGAAAAUCUCGCCAUGGCUGCCUUGAAUGUAAGCGGCGAAGAGUGAAGUGUGAUGAGGCCCGGCCAGUAUGCUCCAAUUGCGCGAAACGACAUUCAGAUUGUGAGUAUGGCUCUUCUAGUUCCCUUCUUUGGGCCAAUGAAGAACCUGGGGCUCCUCAGUCAACCCGCACAUCUGGGUCAGAUAGCUGUCAACAGCUAGAUCCUGUACUAGGAUUUCCUGCAACUACUGAUUCGCUAGGCCUUUUCAACAGGCUUGGCAACAAUUAUUCGUCCGCUUCCCUACCGGCCCUUGCUCUGAAUCUCCACGACUUGGAGCUGAUGAUGCAAUGGUGCAACUCGACCUUCUACACACUAUCUCGUAAUGAGCGUACUGAUUCAGUCUGGAGGAAUGCUGUACCCGAAGAAGCUCUCUCAUACCCAUUCUUAAUGCAUGGAAUCCUGGCACUGUCUGCACUACACCUAGCCCGUACAGGACCUGACACAUCAAAACGUACGGUUUACCUCAAUCGUGCCGUGGCCCAUCAAAACCAGGCCUUAGCAUUAUUCCGUGGACUUCUGGGUGAUAUUCAAGAGAAGAAUGCAAAGGCAAUGUUUGCAUUUGCCAGUAUCGUCGUUGUAUACACGUUCGGUUUCCCCCACACGCCGGAUACGCAAGACCCAUGGACCUGCGUUGAUGACUUCCAUCAAGUCCUUGUAUUAACACGUGGUAUCCAGCAGGUGAUCCGAUCACCAGCGAGCUUCCUAGGUGACAAUUCCUUCGCGCCGAUAUUUCAAAUUGACGAGGUCCGUGUACCACUCCUUGAACCCGCCUCUACAAACCUCAAGCGACUGCGGGAUGCUAAUGAACGUUGUGCGGUACGGGACUCAAGCCAUGAGGUAGAGGUCUACACUGCCACUAUUAACGACAUGGAAGAUAUGUUAAGCUGGGUAUACGGGGGCAUGAAUGCGAGUGCGGUGGCGGGAAAGUGGGCUAUCACAUUACCACAACGGUACUUGGAGUUACUUCAGGACCGGGAGCCAUUGGCACUAGUCAUACUUGCACAUUAUGGCGUACUUCUGCAGCUUCUGAAACACCGAUGGUGCUUUGAGGAGCAGUGUAUACGUGUGGCAAAAUCUGUAUGGGCGAUAUUGGAUGACCAGUGGAGACCUCUAGUGCAUUGGGUCAUGUGUGAGAUUCUUGGAGAGAACUACUUAGAGCAUGCCGAACUUUUAUGA